AUGUCAGUAUUAACAUAUGAAGAAUGUUAACAAAAAGCUUUCAAAAAUGGAAAUCCCGGUACAAAUAAGCUCAAAGAAAAAUACGGAAGCCAAAUCCUUCUCGAAAACGGUGAUUUGGAUUUAAAAAAUGUAAAUAAAAUUGUCACUUCUGAAUUCGAAAGAACUUAAUUAUAAAGUUUUAUUUCAUAUUAUACUAACAUUUAGAUUUUAAAAGAAAUUUACAGAAUCGCCUUUAAAUAAAAUGAAAACCUAUUCGUUUUAAAUGCUCCAAAUAUAUUUGAUUCAUAUUUAUUAAAGUAUAUGUGCUUUCCUAUUAUUUCUGUUUAUGUUUCUUCUGAGUAAACAUAAAUCCAAAGACUUAUGGAAAAAGAUGGAAUUUUAUAUGAAUAAGCUUCUGAUUUAGUAAAAAGAGAAAGCUCUUUAGUAUAAAAAUGUGAAAAAGCUACGAUAUUAUUAUGUAAUGAUGGUACUAAACCUUAAUUAUAUAAUAGUAUUUCAAGAAAAAUACCAGAAUUAGUAUUAUGA